AACCACAUCAUUUGGACGAAAAUGACAUUCUAGAUGGCUAUUUUCUUCCAAAUGAAAUAGAUCUUCAUCAGGUAAUUAUAUUGCCAAAAGCAGAAUGGGAAAGGCUUCAGGACAGCCUUGGCAGCAGAACCAGAGAAGCUGCACGCAUCCUCGCCAAGAAGAAAGAGCAGGAAGAAAUGCACUUACGCUCCAAAGCUGCCGUAAAAGACUGGCCCAAUACCAGUAUGGGCAUGGCACAACGGAAACUAAAAGCCAGAAAAUUACGUGAAGAAAGGGAAGAGGAAGAAAGAAAGUUAAUUGAUUUGGAAGAAGCAAAGUUCCAAGAAGCAAAACGGAAGGAGGCUAUUGAUCGUGCAAAAACCUACCUAAGCUAUCAGAAUGAAAGAAUUAAAGGUUUUCAUAGUGCACUUCUACUUACCAAGGUCCUAAAAGAAAGAGAUGCUCAAGUUGAAUUUAAAAAGUUAAAGUCAGAUGCUAACAAAAAGAAGCAUGAAGAAAAGGAACAUGAAUGUAAAGAAGCUGAUCUCAGAGAGCAAGAAGAGGCACGUCAGCGUCAUAUGAAUGAACAGGCACUACGCAGAGAUCAGCUGGAACAAAUAAAGGAACGCAAGCAUCAGGCAGAUCUGGCCAAGCUCGAAGACAAAAGAGAAGGGGAACAAAUACAGUUAUCGAACCGAUUGUACCAAUUGGAAAUUCAGAAAUGUAGAGAAAAGGAAGAGAAAGAAAAAGUUGAACACCGGAGGCAGCAUCAUGAGCACGUAGCUGACCAGAAAAUAAUCAAAGCAGUAGAGAAACAAAAACAAAUGGAAGAAGAUGCUCGGAUCAAAGCUCAUUUUAAAGCAAAGCAGAUUAUUGCCAAGCUGACAAAAGAGAAAAAAGCUGAAUUGCGAAGACAAGUGCAGGAACGUCAGGACAAAAUCGUUAAACAAUUAGCUUUACAAAUGACUGAGGCAUUAAAGAAGGAAGAUGGUCGUCUUGCUAGAGACAUUGCAGAAAAAGAAGCUGAAGAAGAAAAAAAACGCAAAGAGAAAGAAGCAAAGCAAAAAGCUGCCAUUGAAUCUAUUGCUGAAUACAGAGCCACUGUGGCUGAAAAGCAGGCAAGAAACCAGCAGGAAAAGCAAGCAGACUUGGACUACGAUGCUCAGACAGAGUUUAUUGCUCUUUGUAAAGAGCAUGAAUUUCAGAGCUAUGCAAAGCAAGUAAUUGCAUCAGAGGCCAAGACUACACAUCAUCUUUAUCCUCUUCUCAAAGCAUCUGAAGAU